CGUUUUGCUAUUCUCUUCUUCUUGUCUGAAAUUGUAGGAUUAGGCUUGUGUGGGAAUUUAACAGUGGCAUGCUUAGAAAAAGAGAGGCAAGCUCUUCUCAAGUUCAAAGCGACCCUCACCGAUCCAUCAGACAGGCUUUCUUCUUGGAAUUCCAACGAUUGCUGCCAUUGGAAUGCUGUGACCUGUGACAGUGUUACCGGUCACCUUCUCAAGCUCGAUCUAAGGAAUCCAUGUUACAGCUCAACGGACGCAAUUUGUGACUAUAGCCAACAAUCUGUUGCAGCUUCACAAAUUGAUCAAUCUCUCAUGCAAUUGGAACGCUUGAGUUACUUGGACUUGAGUGGAAACCAAUUUCAUGCUGCUCCAGUUCCUCUUUUCUUUGCUUCUCUGCAUCAGCUAAGAAAUCUUUCUCUCUCCAACGCUAAUUUUAGCGGGAAGAUUCCUUAUAAUCUUGGCAAUCUCACGAACCUACUCCAUCUUGAUCUCAGCGUCAAUGGUUUCCAACUCACUGACAUGAACUGGGUUUCUGGGCUUCGGUCACUGCAAAGCCUUGACAUGCAUGGUGUAGACCUUGGGAAAGCACAUGAUUUAUUCCAGGUAUUUUACAAGCUUCCUUCCUUAUCAAGUUUGAAUUUAGCGGAGUGUGAAAUUCACUCCUUGAUUCCUCCUCUUCACUCUCUGAAUUUGACCUAUAUUCCAAGGAUUCAAGUUCUUGAUCUCACUUACAAUUCACUUGAAAGUCGCAGUCUUGAUGUUCUCCAAAACAUGACUUCUCUUAGAGUCCUUGCCCUUCCUUUCAACAAUCUAAGUUCGUUGCCAUUGUGGCUCGGUAAAUUUGAUAAGCUUGAGGAACUCUAUGUUGCUUAUAAUGGACUUACAGGUCCGCUUCCUCUUGCUCUCCAAAACUUGUCUUCCAUGAGAGUCCUUGACCUUUCUUCCAACAAUCUCACAAGUUCUGUUCCGUCAUGGUUAGCUGAGCUAACAAACCUUCGCCAGCUAAUUCUUUCCUCAAAUAAUUUCACUUCUUUAGAAUCUUCUCUAUCUUUGAUUCUGAAGAACAUGUGCCGUUUGAAAAGAUUAGAUUUUUCAACCAACAAUUUCCAUGGAAAAGCAUUUGGAAGCUUUGAAUCUGGAUGUGUCAAGCAUGAUCUUGAGCAGCUUGACUUGAGCUCUAAUAAAUUUGAGGACUAUUUACCGAGCUGGUUGGGGAACUUGAAAAUCUAAAGGACCUUCAUAUAUCAGAAAGCACAUUCUAUGGUCCCAUCCCCUCUUGUCUCGGAAAAUUGUCACAGUUGACAAGACUUGAACUUGUUAACAAUCGUUUAAACGGAACAGUUCCAGAAAGCCUUGCAAAGCUUGUGAAUCUAACUUUCUUGCGUCUUUCCGGCAAUCAAUUGGAAGGGUUUAUUCCAGAGAGUGUUUCACAACUGGUGAAUCUGAAUUUACUUGACCUUUCAAACAAUCGUCUCAAUGGCAGCAUACCACGAAGUUUGGGUCAACUUGUAAAUUUGCAAUACCUCGGUCUUGCCAGUAAUGAUUUACAGGGUGACAUUCCAGACAAUUUUGGGCAACUUGUGAAGCUAGUUGAAUUAGAUGUUUCUUUAAAUAGCUUGAGAGGAUCAAUAUCAACAUUUAAAGGAUGGUCAUUUGAUCAGCUCACAAUCUUGAAUCUCUUUGGUAACAAGAUUAGUGGAUCGUUGCCUGAAAAUAUUCACGACAUAAUGCCUGGGUUGAAGUAUUUGCUUCUUGGGAAUAACUCCAUGAAUGGUUCGAUACCAAACUCGUUGUGCAAAAUUUCCACCUUGCUUCGACUUGAUCUCUCCAAGAACAAAUUGUCAGGAGAAAUUCCAGAUUGCUGGCAGGAUAAUCAACAAUGGGAUGAAAUAAACUUGUCAUCCAACAACCUAUCAGGUGGUAUUCCAAGCACAUUCGGUAAUCUUUCCUCGUUGCUGUGGCUGCACGUGAACAAUAACAGUCUUCACGGGGAGCUUCCAAUAUACUUGAGGAAUUUAAAGCAGCUAGUGAUCAUGGAUGUUGGGGAGAAUCAAUUUUCUGGAAGCAUACCGCCAUGGACUGGGGACACUUUUCCCAUGCUACAAAUUCUUAGACUGCGACAAAAUAAGUUGAAUGGUAACAUUCCUUCACAGCUUUGUCAACUCACGUCACUACAAAUCUUGGACCUCGCAAGCAACAACUUAACGGGUUCAAUACCUCACUGCAUUUGUAAUCUUAGUGGAAUGAUUAAAUCCAACAGAUCAAAUGAAGCCAAAGUAAAAUUUGAUUUCAAUUUUUUUACAACCGACUUCAUUGAUGAGUGGCCUACUGAGGAUGUUAUACAAGUUGUGAAGGGGACAGAACUUGAUUACAUCAAAAUAUUGAAGUUUGUGGUGAACAUGGAUCUGUCUGAUAACAACUUGGGAGGAGUUGUUCCUAAAGGUGUAACUCAGCUCAACAGACUGAUUGGCUUGAAUCUGUCUCACAACUAUUUGAAAGGAGGGAUUCCUGAAAGAAUAGGAGAUAUGAAAUCACUUGAAUCUCUCGACAUCUCCUGUAAUAACAUUUCUGGAAAAAUUCCAGAAAGCAUGUCUACUUUAACUUCACUGAGCCACUUAAACCUGUCAUACAAUAAUCUUUCAGGAGCAAUUCCAACAGAGAACCAGUUUUUGACUUUGGGAGACCAACGUAUUUAUGCUGGCAACCCUCAUCUAUGUGGAGUUCCACUUCCAAAUAAGUGUAACGGCGGUGAUUUUGAUGAUCGUGUUCAUGGAAGUGAAGGGUCUGAAGAUGAUGAUAAGGAUUCAGAGAAAGUGUGGUUUUAUUUUGUGGUAGCGAUUGGGUUUGCAGUUGGGUUUUGGUCUGCAAUUGGGACACUCCUGUUAAAGAAGAGUUGGAGAUAUGCUGUGUUUCGCCGAGUAGAUGAUGUGGCAGACGAAAUAUAUGUGACCGUGGCAUUGAAAGUAGCAAAGCUGAAGAGGAUGAUGAGGAAUCAUGUUGAAGUUUGAACCCUCUCCUAGCAUUUGUGAUUUCUUCCCCUUCAUUUUCUCUCUCUCUAUUCCAGUAACUAGAAAAUGUUUUAUGCGUGUGUUGUGUAUUGUAACUGUUUUCUGCACUGUACACUAGCUUCUUGGAAUAAACGACACUAGGAAAUGAAGAAUUGUUAAACCCCCGAAAAAAAAAAUAUUGUUUCUAUCGU